ACGGGAGAAGCAACUGCAUUGGUCGGCUGACACGACUAAAUUGCAACGCGGUUCGUGUUUUUUUCGCAAACUUUUCUUUCCGCUUGGAUCAAAGGAAGCUCAGCUUCUUGUCGCACAGGAGGAGUUGGAGUUGAUGAUGCAGAGAAGGGUCAGCAGCUGCAGACCUUCCACUUUCCUUCUCCAUCUCCUCCUUGCUGGUUUCAUCUCCCCCGCUAUCGAAGCCGGCAACUCCUUGAUUCCAGGUCAACCUCUUUACGACAAUGGAACAACUUUGAUCUCCUCGAGCGGCCGCUUCGAACUGGGCUUUUUCAGCCCAGCCAGCUCCAGCCGUCGCUACAUCGGAAUAUGGUACCGCAACAUCUCACAAACACCCGUGUGGGUCGCCAAUCGUUUGAGCCCGAUCGAUGGUCGAUCAGGACACCUUUCGCUCUCUGGGGAAGGGACGCUCGUCAUCGCCAGUGAAAAUUUGACCAUCAUCUGGUCCUCGCUAACUGUAACCGGAUUCACGAACCCCGAGGCGACGCUCUUCGACGACGGGAACUUCGUCGUCAGGGCGGCGGGCAACGAUGACCCCGACAGCUUUUCAUGGCAGAGCUUCGACUCUCCGACCGACACGCUCCUCCCCGGCAUGAAGCUGGGCUGGAACGUGACCUCCGGCCUCAACCGCAAACUGACAUCAUGGGCGAGCGCCGACGACCCGUCGCCAGGUGACUACACCUUGGGCAUUGACCUGCAAGGUGACCCCCAAUUCCUCCGGUUUGGAACGCAGCAAGUAUGGCGAGGGGGCCCAUGGAAUGGCCUCCAUUUUAGUGGUGCACCGGAUAUGGCUGAUCCAAAUCUUUUCAACGCGACGUUUGUGGUUGACCUUAACCAAGUCGUCUACUCAUUCAACGGCCUGCUCGAUCCGUCGAUCACCAUCUCAGUGUUGGUCGUGAACCAAUCGGCCGGUGCCUUGCAACGUCGUGUCUGGGUCGGUGGCACAGGGGGGUGGGAUGUCACCUGGUACGUGCCAAAGGAUCCGUGCGACACAAUGUCUGCCUGCGGUGCCAAUGCCGUCUGCGAUCCCAGUGCUCAACAGAUGUGUAAAUGCCUAGCAGGCUUUCGUCUAAACAACUCACAGACUUGGAACCCAGGGAGUAGGCCGUAUGGUUGUUCUAGGCACGUUCCAUUGGAUUGUAGGAAUGGGACAGAUGGGUUCUUUCAAAUCCCCCGUACGAAGCUACCGGACACAUCAUUAUCAGUGGUGGAAAAAAGAUUCGGCCUAGACCAGUGCAGGGUAUCAUGCAUCAGGAAUUGCUCUUGUACAGCCUAUGCAAGCUCCAACGUCAAUGAAAGUAAGAGCGGAUGCAUAAUGUGGGGAUGGGGUGAUAUCACUGAUCUCAAAUUGUACGACAACAAUGCUGGAGGAGGACAGGAUUUAUUUGUCAGGCUGGCGGCUUUUGAUCUAAUAGCAGAUGAGACUUUAAUUCAGCCAUCCACGAAUCAGUCAUCUGGAAGUAGUCAUUUAGCUUUGAUUAUUGCGGUCCCUGCUUUAGUCAUUUUUCUCCUGGGUUGCAUUGCAGUAUGUGUUUGGAGACGCAGGAAGAGAAACAACUGCGUUGUUGUUAAAGAAAUCGAAGAAAAGGAUCUGGACUUGCCUUUAUAUAUUUGACUUGGACACAGUUUUAGCUGCCACAAGCAAUUUUGCAGCAGAGAACAAGCUUGGUCAAGGUGGAUUUGGUCCAGUGUACAAGGGGAAGUUGGUUGAUGGACAAAAGAUAGCAGUAAAAAGACUAUCCAAAACAUCCACACAAGGCAUCACUGAGUUCAAAAAUGAAGUAGUGAUAAUCGCUAAGCUACAGCAUCAAAACCUGGUUCGCCUUCUUGGUUGCUGCAUUCAAAAAGGGGAGAGGAUGUUAAUCUACGAGUACAUGCCCAACGGAAGUUUAGAUGCAUUCUUGUUCGAUAUAGAGAAGCGGAAGUUGUUGGAUUGGCAAACACGAUACAAUAUUAUAGUCGGAAUUGCCCGAGGUCUUCUUUAUCUUCAUCAUGAUUCACGACUCAAAAUCAUUCAUAGGGAUAUGAAGACUAGUAAUAUCCUUCUUGACAAGGACAACACUCCAAAAAUAUCGGAUUUUGGCUUGGCAAGAAUAUUUAGAGGUGAUGAAAUGGAAAUAAAUACAAGAAGAAUAGUUGGAACAUACGGAUAUAUGUCUCCUGAAUAUGCGAUGAAUGGACUUUUUUCAAUAAAAUCGGAUGUAUUUAGUUUUGGUGUGUUGGUACUUGAGA